UUUCAUUUUUCACCUUCGUCAUGGAGGGUCGCGUUGUGAUAUUUUUUUUAUGCUUAGGAUCGCGACUUUUCUUGCGCCAGAAGCCACACACGCCCUCGAUCACGCUACUACCCGACCGCACCCUUGCCACGCUGGCCUGGACAUAUCAGCGCUAUUUCGCCAAAGCCCUGACGACCAUGCCAUAGCUGGCUCGACCUGCCUCUUUUGCCCUGUGCCCUGGAUGGUUUAACCUAUCAUCUAUCAGCAACACUCUCCUGUCUCUGUUUGGUCUCGUCAAACAGUGCCUGCAACAACCGAGCUACAACUGCCCAUCAACCGGGGGAUUUAGGCCUUGGUGGACACGACUGACGCCUAAGCUGUUCUAACCCGCCGCCUCCCCCACAUCCUCCGUCCAAACCACCGCCCCUUGCCCAAACCAUGAGCCACCACCAAAGUCCUACCGCCCUGGCGAAGGGCUACACACAAGAGAGCGCCAUAAAAACCACACAACUCUCACAGUCCCGAGAGAGCGGGGGUGCCAUAUCAAUCAGGACGGUCCGCGCCAGCAAUGCGUCGCCGUUCGCGGCCUCGUGGUCGCACUUUGUGGCCGGAGGCAUGGGCGGCAUGACCGCCGCAGCCCUGACGGCGCCGCUCGACGUGCUCAAGACCAGGCUCCAAUCUGACUUUUACCAGCAGCAGGUGCGGCAGCACCGCGUGGCCGUCGGGUCCUUCGGCGGCGGCGUCGCCGGCCCGCUGCGCCUCAUGCGUCACCACCUGGGCGAGACCUUUGCCAUCCUCGGCGCCGUGUACCAGCAGGAGGGCCCCCGGGCGCUGUUCAAGGGCCUGGGGCCGAACCUCGUCGGCGUCGUGCCGGCGCGGUCCAUCCAGUUCUUCACGUACGGCAACACCAAGCAGCUCCUGACGACGCACGUCAACCACGGCAGGGAGGCCGGCUGGGUCAUCCACCUUGUGUCCGCCAUCGCCGCGGGCGUCGUCACGUCGACGGCCACCAACCCCAUCUGGCUCAUCAAGACGCGCUUGCAGCUCGACCGGAGCACGGCCCUGCGCAGCGGCGCCGGCCUCGAGUCGCGCAAGUACCGCAACAGCCUCGACUGCGUCCGCCAGGUGCUCCGCGACGAGGGGGUCCGCGGCAUGUACAAGGGCAUGAGCGCGUCGUACCUGGGCGUCAGCGAGCUGACGCUGCACUGGCUCUUCUACGAGCAGAUGAAGGGCGCGCUCGCGCGGCGCGACGCCCGCCUCGUCGCCAGCGGCCGCGAGCGCACCGCCUGGGACAAGGUGGUGGACUGGACGGGCAACAUCGCCGCCGCCGGCACCGCCAAGCUCCUGGCCGCCGUGCCCACGUACCCGCACGAGGUGGCGCGCACGCGCCUGCGCCAGGCGCCCAUGGCCGACGGCAGGCCAAAGUACACGGGCCUCGUCCAGUGCUUCCGCACCGUCUGGCUCGAGGAGGGCGCCGCGGGCCUCUGGGGCGGCCUGACCCCGCACCUCCUGCGCACCGUGCCGAGCGCCGCCGUCAUGUUCGGCAUGUACGAGGGCAUCCUGCUGCUGCUCAACAGGCCCGAGAAGAAGGCGACAUUGGACGGCGGCGACCGUCUGUGAAUGGCUGGCUCCCUUUCUUUUUCCGACUUGGACACGUCAUCUGUGUCAAGUAGAGUACGCGCGAAACCCCCUCCCGGAUCAACAAACGGCCUCGGAUGAAACGAGAGUCAGGGGCCACUUUGACUCCACGUAUAUAUCGCGACACGAUUUUACGGCUCUCCACCAUCCACCGGGCAGUGGGUAUCUCCCACAAUGUCCCGGAUGGACUGGCCACGACACGCACCCCGGGAAGUAGUCUUUCACGGUUCCCAUGUAAUUUUAUUCUUUUGUAUGAACAUAGCACAUCACGAUACAGCUAGACGGCGGGACACACAAUUUUCCGAUGGAUCGGUCUAGGCGUCCUGGGUUGGCUUAGGUUUUAUAAAAAAAAAAGCUGGAGCAGGUUCAAGUCUUAUCCGACUCCACGUCGGACUUUCCCCUCUAUGCAUGUACGAUUGGCACACAAGGGUGUUGGAUAGCCCGUGGGAUUGGCGAGGACGGAGGACUGGCCUGAAGAUGGAGGCAAUGACACAUUGGCAGAAAAGGUACAUAACUCCCAGAUACCCUACUCAAUAGUAAUGACCUGUUGGCAAAC